AUGAUCCCGGAUCAUGCCCCAGUCUACAUGCGAGAUGACCUUACCUACUGCAGCUCCAUGUGCCGAGACAGGGGAUUGUCCAGGCUUGUCUUGAAUUUGAAAGAAGCUCGACUGGCUCGAGUUCCCUCAGGUGGCUCCGACCUGUGCACGGCCAGCGUCUACAAGUCGGACGCUUCUCCGACAGCGAAGACCGAGGUCACGGACCUCAGCGUGACGGACGACGUGGAUUGUCAGGGGCCCCAGAGAUCGGCCACAGAAAUCCGUUUGGUCUUGAGAACAUACUCUACCAGUGUGCUUUGGGGACGAGGAGUGGCAGAAAACUCGGCCGUGGCUCCACUUUUCAACUAUUUGCCACAGGUGGACCACUACAUGGCCAAAGAUGUUUCCUACGCCGACAUGUCUCCACGCUCGGACCGAUUUUCUUCAAGUCAAAUGCUGGGACCAGCCCCGACAGUCGCUGGGGUCUGUCAAUUGUUUCGCAAAAGCACGGUGGUUUCGCAUUUCACAGGGGUUUCCAUCUUGAUUUUCUUCAGAGUAUACUGUAUACUUAAGUUUCCCGAAAAAUCUAGCAACCAAAUCAUUAGUGCGUAA